AGACACCAUUAAUAUCCACUGGGCGCAACACGAGGCAUACACGAUGGUACCUGGCUUCCUUGCAGUGAAGCGCUAACGCAGUGACUUGUACUUAACCUCUACAGUAGCUCAGAGUGGGCUCUUCCUUCCCUAGAUCAAAUCACCAUGGCUGAUUCUCUUUACGCCUCUGAGUCGACGGUUUCCUACCCUCUCCAUAUCUCUGGUAUCACCGUCAAUUUCAACAAGCCGAAGACGAAUAUAGAGUCUGCUGAACUACGGAUUGGUAAGUUACAUUCACCAAUUACACGCGAAGCAGGAAAUCGGAGUUUGCAAUGCAAGUUUUCUCCACCCAUGGUGCUUUCUCAAGGAGAUACAUUUUCCUUGCAUAUACAAUCCACGAAAUGGCUUGGGAUGAAGACCAAGCAUCGAGAUAUCACUUUCAACCCAGACGACGUGUUCCGCGCGUAUAGUGCAAGCGAAAGACGAGAAUACACCAAGAUUCAUGGAAAAAUCAACAUCGUCAUCGACCUUUCCGGAAGUGCAACAACUGAAGCUGAACAGUCUGUCUCGUCCGGCCAAAGCCUUGAGCUUCGGCCUACCACUUCCGAAUUAUUUCGGGAAUGUCCUCGGUUCCGAAUUUUGGUGAUAGGAAAGACUGGCGUCGGCAAGUCUUCAGUGAUCAACCACGCAUUUGGGGUGGAAAACACGAUCUCCUCGCAUUAUAAGCCAGGCGAGGUCAGCAUCGACCACGAGUUCAUCUCACCUGAGAACGACAAGUUUGUUCUCCAUGAUAGCAAAGGCUUUGAACCAGGGGAUGAAGACAACCUCAAAAUAGUUGAAGACUUCAUUGACCGUCGGAGGAACAUGCCUACUCCGGAACAUCAGUUGCAUGCUAUUUGGCUUUGCUUUGAGAUACCUCGUGCAGGCGGACGUUUGCUAGAGACAGGAACGGAGGAUUUCCUUAAAUUGAAAAGUAGUGGAAAGCUGGGAAACGUUCCCGUUAUCGUCGUUCUUACCAAAUACGAUAUGCUCAUCGGUCGCAUAGAACGAAAUUUAGAUGAAUCCUCUGCCAAUGGAUUGAACGACAAAGCCAUCAAGGAAGUCGUCAAGAACAAAGCAGAAGCCGAGCUGCAGAAUACCUGCAUCGGACCUCUAAAACAAUUCGCAGGGCCUGAUAUACCCUACGUUACGAUCUCUACUGAAGCAGACUACAAGCAGACGCUCGUCCACCUGAUCGAAAUCACUGAAAGCCGUGUCGGUCGGUAUUCUGCGCCCGAGGCUGCGGUGAUGACCUCCAUCGCUCAGCGAGUCCAUCCUGGACUCAAAAUAAAGGCAUCAAUUGAGGUUGGCAAGAAAAGGUAUUGGAAAGCGCUUGGGUCAUGCCCAAUGUUCCAGAACCGUUCAAUGUGGGAUUGUCUCCGUGUGCUUCACAUUGACAUCGUCGACGUGUGGAACUUCCGUGACCCCCAUAAGUACUUGCACAGCCAGGAGUUCAGGACAAUGAUGAUGAACAUAGUCGAUAAGAUAGAAGUUGGACCAGCAACUAAUCCCACCAAGACCAUGGCUUUUGGGUUAUCCAUGGUGGGCACUAUUGCGGGCAUCGUAUCGGCCCUGGCGGGACCUGCGGCUCCCAUCGUAGUACCAAUUGCAAUAGGUGCCGUACUCGCCGUAUGGGCUUACGAUGUAUACCAGAUAUCCCACGCGGUGCUUCAGCGCUUCAUGGCAUACAUAAUCCACUUAACGCUUGUGUUGCAGACACUUUAUCUCGUGUCAGAAAGUCAGGAACUCACUCGCAGGGCGAUCAAGCUCGCGGUCAAAUGCUAUGUCGACUCUCCAAUGAGCGGAGAAGCUAAUACGCGGAUUCAGGAUUAUGAUGAUCAAUUGACCAUCGUGGAUCGUAUGGAUAGCGAUGCGUUGGAUAAAAUCGUUGAGGUGAUGCAAUUCUAUAGCAUCGACGAGGCACAAAUGUCCAAACUUCGGGAAAAGCCCCAUGUAGAUCUGCCGGACGAGCCUUGGUCGUAGCAUUCGAUAGUUUCUUUCGUAGAUGGUUUUGCGCGGGGAGUACUGAUGCGAUUGCAGAUGGUGCUCGCUUGUACUAUAUAACUGGAACCAUAAUACUGUAGCCUACGAUACCGUGUUCUAUUGAUGUCAUGUACUUACUACCAGAUUUGACUCGAGCACCCUAACGUGCCAAGGUACUGUGACAGUCUAUAAAAACCCGGCCUCAUUGUCAGGGUGCCCUACGAGGUGUCCUAAAAUUCAGUGUACGAGAUAAG